UUCUCCUCCCCGCCAUGGAAUCCAGCGUUAGACCUGCCGCUUGCUGUUGCUGCUGCUGCUGCUGCUGCUGCCGCCGCCGCUGCCAUCAUCGUCGUCAUCGAGAGUCCCUCGCUUGGAUAGCGAUCGCCAGUCCACCAGUCCGAACUCGACCGUCGUUCAGAGUGGAUCGUUCAGCGCGAUCGAUCACGUUUCCCCUCGCCGAGCGCUGCUGCGCGGUGUGAUACCCUCGGGCAGUGGAAGUGUUUCGGCGCGUAAACACCCUUCGCGCGCGCCGGAGCACGCAUCCCUCUUCCCAUUUAUCCAAAGUUUAUCGGCCAGGUCGUCAAUCAUUUCCGUGGUACUGUGACCCGUAUUUGGGUCGGAAAUCUGGGGAAUUUGAAGAAGAAGAAAGAGGUCGUCGAUCCUCUCCCUCGCGCGUCUCGAAGAUCGAGGAGGAGUGAGAUCGAGAGACAAAGGGGAAAUAGAGAACGGAAAAUAGUAGGGUAAGGGAGAGGACGGCGGGAUAACGAAGGGAUGCGCGUGGCGUCCCGACGCCUGUUGUAGGGCUCUCCUUCUCGCGAGGGGCCGAGGGUAAGCGCCGCUACAAACAUGACCGCGUGAAGGCACAGCCCCCAGUCCUCUCCUCUCCCGGGAUAGAGUAAAAUAUUCUCCGGAGAGACGCGCAGAGAGACCGCCAUGGAUCGUGCCGUUACCGCGUGCAGGCGGUAGUGCUUGUAAGCCGGGGGGUGCACGGAGCAUCUACGCGGGAGAGAGGAUCCUAUUCACUCCGCCGAAUCCCGCGCUUUCUCCCUCGGCUCUCCUCCGCCCGUCUCGUCCCCGUCCCCGUUCCCCGGCCCCUCCCCGUCUCGUUCGCCACCCGCGGGAAUCGUGCGUCGCUUAUGAUGGAUAUAUUUUCGAAUGGAUUGCUCGCGCCUAAUGGAUUGCCGAUCAACAACGUAGAGAUAGCGACGUACCACUCGUCCUUUUGCUCACCACCGAUCACAGAAGCAUCUCGAUCUGGUUACGAUUCUAGUAGCGGCGGAGAGUCUGACAACGAGUAUAGUACGUCAACCAAUCGAGUACAAAAUCAAGUACAGAAUCAAAUUCCUACCGCUGCCACAAAUUAUGCGCAAGGAAAACACAUAAAUAAGGGACGGUGGACCAAAGAAGAAGACGCCUUGUUAAAACAGCUAGUGAGCAGCGCGGAACAAGGCACUGGUUUACGAUGGGACAUUAUAGCUGGCCAGUUUCCAGAUCGGAGCGAUGUACAGUGUCAGCAAAGAUGGGCAAAGGUCGUGAAUCCGGAAUUGGUUAAGGGUCCGUGGACGAAAGAGGAAGAUGAGAAAGUGGUGGAACUCGUAGGGAGGUAUGGCCCGAAAAAGUGGACGUUGAUAGCGCGACAUCUUAGAGGCCGAAUUGGCAAGCAGUGCCGAGAACGAUGGCACAAUCACUUGAAUCCGGAGAUAAAGAAAACCGCGUGGACGGAGGCUGAGGAUAGAAUAAUCGUUGAGGCCCACCGUAGGUAUGGCAAUCAGUGGGCAAAGAUUGCCAAACUCUUACCUGGUAGGACCGACAAUGCGAUUAAAAAUCAUUGGAACAGUACAAUGAGAAGGAAAUAUGAGAGCGAAGAAGGAAGAGUUGCAACCAAAGGCAGAGGCAAAAGAAAAAAUGUACAAGGCACUACCGUAAGGAAUACGCUUCUUUUGGAAGAUGAUCAGAAUCAAUUGAAGACUGUCUCGGCUAGCAGCUCAACAGUAACAGCGGGUAGCUCGUCGCAGACUCUUGAUAUCGAAAGUCAUCUGGAUUGGGUCAGAAAUUGGGAACAGCAAGAGUACCAAAACGUGCUACAACUAAAUAGGCGGCAUACACACGGCAAUGAAAAGUGCGCAUCUCCGAAAAGAGAAUCUUUGCAAGUGAAAAUUGAGACGGUUUCGUCAUUACCUAAAUAUUUUAACCUACAGCAAAUUCAAAAUGAAACAUCCAGUUCAAAGGGCUCCGAGAUAAAACUGUUGCCGAUGCCUGACUUGGAUUUACCCGAGCAUAUGGAGAAGAAGAGCAGUCCGCCACCUAUAUUGCGUAGGCGCAAAAACACGCAUAGUUUGCUGCAAAGGAUAGAAAUUUCCGAUAGCGGGUCUCAAUCGGAUUACAUAGUAACGGGUCACCAGGUGCAAACCGGAAACAUUACUCCUUCGACUCCUAUUAAACAACUUCCAUUUAGUCCCUCGCAAUUCUUGAACAGUCUGAGUCCGUCAGAAACGUGGCCGCGCGCGAGUACACCCAAAGAAAGCAGUCCUGGCCCGCUUACGACUCCGCAGCCUACCGGUUUUCGACGAAGUCAAAACGACGGUAUUACACCAAGAACACCUACGCCAUUCAAAAAAGCUCUGGCCGAGUUUGAACGUCGAAGCGGAGCGUCACACUUGCCCGCUACUCCUAGUCGUUUGGAUGCACUGACCGAAAUAAUAAAGCAGGAAACCGAGAAUGAAGCUGGAACGAGUUCGAUUCAGGAUCAAGAUUCGGGCUACAACAGUAUGAUACGAAGGCGCGGUAAAGAAAACAGCGCACCAGGAGGAAAACGUGCGCGAAAAGCUCUCUCUCAAGCUUGGGCUCAGGACAACUCCGACAUUAGUUUUCUUGUAGAAACACCAAGUAAAAGUUUGGAUACUUCUGCACUGUUUUCACCCGCAUCUAUGGCGCUAGAAGAUAGUUUGUUGACGGGAGGAACCAGUCCCACAAAGACUCCUCACGACUUUACGUCCGUACAACAACGGAAGCCGAAUGCCAAGAGAGCGAUCACGUUCGACGCAUUCGACAGUCCUUAUUGUAUCUUCAGCCCUUUGCCUCUCAGGCCGGUAAAACGCACCAAGACACAAUUGGAAGCGCAAUGGAUAACGGUGGCGUGCGGUCGCACCCGCGACCAACUUGAAAUGACUCGCGCCGCUCGACGCUUCUUGAGCAAUUACGGAUUGCUCCUGCCGUUGCGUCCACGUUCUUUGAAUUUCUGAGAAGGAAAAAACAAGGAAAAAAAUAUAUAAGACACGAAUACCGGCGCUCGGUCGCACUUUGUGGUACAAAAGAAGGAAUUAUUAAACUAGUCGUAGAUUGAAAGUAUAGGGUUCCGUUUCAGGAAUGCGCGAUCACUAUCGGUAAUUUCACGCGCUAUGAAUUCGAGAGGUAAAUUAAGCGACGAAUUCGAUCGGUUGACCUCGAUAUGCGUGGAUUAACUCUACACUGCGCUGGGUGACAAAGACAGCGGAAAUAAAUGAUGUACACUUUCGGAGAAUCUGGAUAGUGACUGAAUCAGGCGUGGAUCUAAUGUGGAAACGCUUUUUCUUCAUCCCUUGUGCAUUAUCACUUUUUGUUUCUAGAAAUUGCGGUUUUAAUCGCGUAAUUUCGAAAGUACACAUAUUUUAGUGAAUAACUUAUGUAUGUCUUUCUCUUGUGAGAAAAUUAUAUUUCAACAAAAUUAUAUAUUCAACAUAAGAAAGCGAGUAACAGCUGGAAUGAAAAAGUAACUGUUUCAUGCAAAAUCUAAAAAUUACGUCAAAUAUUGUCGAAUUGUUUCAUAUUUUGUAUGUAUUUUUUGAAGACAUUUAUAAAUAUAGUUUAUAUAUAAACUAUAUUAAAUAUAUGUUCAUUGCAGACAUAUAGCACGUAUACAUACAUACAUACAUACAUAUAUAUGUAUAUGUAUAUACGUAUAAUGUCACAGUUUCCUUUAAAUUGGAUUUUUGGAUCUACCUAUGUGCUAUACAGCAAACGAAAGAGUACUAAAAAUGUAAAUGAAUUGAUUCUGUAUAAAACAUAAAAAAAGACUAGAUUCUAUAAAUUCAACCCAUAUACGCACUGUAGGGUUAAAAGUUUCUCGUCGUUGUACGAAGUUAUGCGUCGUUGUAGAUAUCACCGGUAAUUUUGGACGCGUCGAGUGCAAUUUGUUGAAUUCGCUUACACGUAAUAGUAUACGAAAGCCACAGUGCAACCGAAUUUUCAUUCGGGGAUUAUGGGGUUGUUGCACUUUAUUUCUGUCGUGCCGUUCUCGAGGUGUAACAUACGAAUACAAAAAUAUAUCUUUCGCGUCCACAUAUUUGGAUAAUAAGAAGUAGGUUACUAUACAUAAUUUUGUAAUUUUAUUUACAAUUUUUCCUAUAAACUUCGUACCAUGAGAGAAUAAUUUCAGCCUGUGGAUCUGGUAAAAACGGAAAGCAAAAUAAGUCUAAAACAUGUCAAGCAAUAAGCAUCGCUAUUUAUUCCGUGAUAUUAUGUUUAUCUACCCUAGAAGCGAUUUCUGGGUGAUAUUUAGCAGACAGAAAUUAUUCCUUCAUAAAACAAAAUCCACACUAAAAUAUCAAUCCUGCUUUUAUCAUAAGAUUUUAAUGCUGAUACCUGAAAGAUUGAAUAAACGUGGAUAUCAACAAAUUAUUAUUAUUUGUUAAUAUCCUCUCUUAUCAAAACAUGCGGGUUUUUUCGAUUGCAAGAGACCACUUCUUGUCAUCCUUUUCUCUUUUUCUCUCUCUUUAUAUAGGAAAAAUUAAAAGAAUAAAAUUAUAAUUGAUUUAUUUGAUACACAGUAGUAUAUUAUACGUAAUAUAAAACAAAAUCAUUAUUGCAACCAUUAUGUACAAAGAGCCUUUGUAAUUCAUAUUUAAUUUACAAGUGAAUAAAAUAAAAUCGUGAUAAUAAUCACAAUGGAA